AUGGUGCCCAAAGACAGGGUUGUAGCUGCUCUGCUCAUCCAGCCACACGUGAGCCAGUGGUGCCAUGUUCCUGUUGCAGAACAUCCCAUGGUUGGCAUUGCAAACUCGACAGGCGCCGUGGAGUUUUGCCACUUGACUGGAAGCGAGAAGAACAGCUGCAUGUUGGAGCCGUGCUUCAGGGUCGAUCUCGGUGCACAGCGUCUGGCGUUGUCUUUAGAUUGGUCCACAGGACGAGAGCAAUGUGGAUGCCCUUUGAGAGUGAUCAGCAGUGAUUCAGAGGGGAAGCUGAAUCUUUUCUCCAUAGAUGAAUCUGCUCCCUCUGUGCAUGUCCUGAACCAGUGGGAAGCUCACAAAUUUGAGGCCUGGAUUGCUGCUUUUAAUUACUGGGACACCGAUAUUGUGUAUUCAGGAGGAGACGACAGCCUGCUAAAGGGCUGGGACACCCGGUGCAGUCCAGAGGCUCCUGUCUUCACCAGCAGGAGACACUCCAUGGGUGUGUGCAGCAUUCAGUGCAGUCCCCACCGGGAGAAUCUUCUGGCUACUGGCAGCUACGACGAGCACGUGCUGUUGUGGGACACCAGGAACAUGAAGCAGCCGCUGGCAGACACCCACGUUGAAGGUGGAGUCUGGAGGUUGAAGUGGCACCCAACCUGUGACUUUGUGCUGCUCGCAGCCUGCAUGCAGAGUGGAUUCAAAAUCCUUGACUGCCGCAGAAGCAUGGCGGAAAACACGGAGGAAUGUACUAUCCUGUCAUCGUAUGUCUUGCACAAUUCCUUGGCCUACGGGGCUGACUGGUCGAGGCUCUGUCCGAGGGAUUCCUUGACUGCAACACAGGACUCUGCUGCUGCGUGCCGGUCUUCGGAGGAGCUUGUGGGAGGAUCGGAGGACGGAGACAAGGGACUGAGUUUGCAGGUCCAAAACCUGAAGAUAAUUUAUGAGUCUCCUACAGCUACUUUUGAUGUAAUACUGGAUGAGGAGAGUGAAGGCCCUGCCUUGCUGCUCCAAGCAGCGGGGGAUCCUGCCCGGGCUGGGGGCUUGGAGGUGAAGGGAAGGUGAGGGGUGGCUGGGGGCCCUGACCGGGGGGGAGAUCCCGAGUCAGGCAGCGGUUCUGACGCGUGGGCUGAGAGACGCAGCGGAACGGGUCUGGACAGAAGCGGUGACUCUGCCAGGUCUCUAGACAGCCCCAAAGAAAUGAGCAUUGUAGCAACUUGUUCUUUCUAUGACAAUAUCCUCCAUGUCUGGAAGUGGGAGAUGAGCCUGGUGACCCCUUCAGAGAGGCCAAGCGCCACAUCUCCGUCUGAAGGAACGGUUGAAAGUUUGCAUUGA